AUGGCGCCACGAUCAAGGCGAAACGCAGUAUCCCACUUUAAUGUCAUGGUGGUCGGCUCGGCUGGUGUCGGCAAGACCUCUUUUGUCAAGACGCUUUUAGCUGCCCUGAAGACGGAGAUGCCAAAGGAAAAGCGCGACUCGGCUGUUGGCCCAUCAGAAAGUGACAUUCGCAAAGACCCGACCCAUGGCCCAUUAAGCAAAACACUUGCACCGUAUACAGUGUCGUCCAGCAUUGAAGUCGAUGGCGACAAGGUCAUGUUGACAGUGAUUGACACACCUGGUUUCUAUGACGACUUUCGAGUUGACAAGCAGCUGCAUGAUAUCCUCGGCUAUAUUGAACACCAGUUUGAUUUGACAUUGGCAGAGGAAAACAAGGUGAAGCGUAAUCCUAAGGCAUCCGAUACCCAAGUUCAUGCUUGUUUGUACUUGCUUGAUCCUCGUAAACCAGCUCUUGGUGAAUACGACAUCCGCAUUCUCACUCAAUUGUCAAAACGUGUCAAUGUUAUCCCCGUUGUCAGCAAAGCUGAUAAUCUUACGGCUGCACAGCGUCGUAGACUGAAGCCAAGCAUUAUUCAUGAUAUCUACACCAAGCACAAGAUACCCUUGUAUGGCAUGCCAGAAGAUGAGGAUGAGGAUGAGGAUGAGGGUGACAACAGUGAUGAUACCAAGGACAAGAACGAGGAUGACAACAACAACAAUGCAACAACGUCAGCAGCGACAGGCUCGUUGGAGGAAUUUCUUGAUCAAUUUGAUUAUGAAAAGGAGGAUGAGGAGACCCAAACAUUCAUUGAUUAUUUACGGAUGGUACCCUUUACAACGAUUGCAUAUGAGGAUGAUCCUGACACGGGUGAACCAUUGGCUAUGAAGAAUGGCAUCAAAAUCGGACGCGACUAUGGCUGGGUCCAGAUCGAUUGUCUCUCAGACAAGUAUAGUGAUUUUGCUGCACUAAAGACCAUGCUCCUCUCAUCGCACCGCCGCAUCCUACAAUCCGAAACCAUCGAACGUUACUAUGAGCAAUAUCGCACUGAGCGAUUACUUGUGAGGCGCGCUACCAAGCUCAAGAGCAUGGAUGUAGGCAAAAAACUCCUCGCAGAUCUCAACCAGCUUUAA